CUUCUGACAAAGCUCGAGAACAUCCUUGAUACCAGAGAUUAUAUAUAUAGAGAACUCAUUCUUUAAAAGAUAUAGUUUUUUUUUUUCCUAUGUUUUAUCCUGAUGGAUCCAAGAUUGGUGAAGUCUGCUCAACUGGGAGACACAGGCGCGCUUAAUGAAUUACUAGCAGGCGAUCCCCUGAUAUUGGACAGAGUUGCUUUAUCUCAGAUUGCAGAAACUCCAUUGCAUAUUGCUACACUUGCAGAGAGAGCCAACUAUGUAAGAGAACUUCUGAGUCUAAAGCCUUCUUUUGCAGAGGAACUGAACAAAGAUGGCUUCACUCCUUUGCACAUAGCCGCAGCCAAAGGAAGCACCGAGGUAGUGAGAGAGCUAUUAUCAUUGAAGCUUGGGCCUAACCUGUGCCUCCUCAAGGACAAGUUUGGGAUGAACCCACUUCAUCAUGCAGCCAUAAGAGGAAGGGUUGGUGUGAUUCAAGAGUUGGUCUCUUUCUGUCCUGAUGCAGCCAAACAAGUCACUGCUCAAGGUGAGACUUCUCUUCACCUUGCUGUGAAGAAUCACCAGUUUGAAGCAGUUAGGGUUUUGGUGAAGCUUUGUGGGGAAGAUGAUGAGAUUAUGAGCUCAAGGGACAAAGAUGGAAGAACAGCCCUGGAGAUUGCUAUGGCUACGGAACAACUCCAAGUCCUAGAGUUGUUGGGAUUCAAAGGCAAAACUAACAAAGACAAUAACACUCUAGAGGUCCUUUUAUCAGAAACUAAGUUCGAGACACCUGAAGCCACAACACAGAACGGCAAUAAUGCAGACACAACAACACUGACUUCCCGGCAAACAGAAGAGAAAUCUAAGAAGGGCAUAUUUGAGAGUUUAGACCAAAUGGUACUAGUUGUGGCCAGUUUAAUAGCCACAGUCACUUACCAAGCUGGCCUUUCACCUCCUCAAACAAUCUGGAAGGAAGACAUGAAGAACCAUCCUAAGUGCAUCUUCCACAGAACCAACCCAUCUCAUUCCUGUCCAGAUAUCACUUACUAUCUAUUCAUGUCUUUCAACACAGCCGGGUUUUUUGCCGCGGUCUUACUCAUAUUCUUCUACGGAAAAGGGUCCUAUGUCAGAGUUUUGCUGCCGGUUGCUCUUGUUUCGAUGAUGAUAACUUACAUAACUCUCUCAGUUUCUAUGUCACCUAAUGCUUUGUCCUUGCUCAUUCUUUACCUAAUCACACUGGCCAUUUUCCUUUACUGCAUUCUGGCAAUUGAAAUGGUGAAGAAGGCUACUCACAAAAUGUUCAGUUAUGCACAUGACAGAGCUGGUAAGCUAGCAAGGCUGGCAUAUGAGAGAUAUAAGCCGGCUGGAAGUUCAGGAGAGCAACCAUGAAGGAUAAUGUUUGAAUAUUUGAUGAGUUAGUGAAUUCUAUAUGCAGCAGAUUAUGAUAGUACAUCACUAUUACUAUUGUGGAAUUGUUGUUGUUAGUGUUUAUUCAAGUUUAGCAGCAAGUCUGUUCAUAAAAUGCAGUCCUGUAAAUUGGGUCUAGGUCUUUAAAAACAGUGAAAUUUUGGAUUGUACAAGGUGUGGCUUGUUUAAAGGCAAGUUGAAUGUGUAGGUCUUUAAAUAUUAAAUCAAAUAGAGAAAUAAGAGAGCCAAA